AUGGCAGAACGUUCACUGCGGGAUGGAGAAAGAAGGCCGAAGAAAAAGCAACGAAUAACUGGCGAUGAUCUAUAUCGAAGGUCAACCCAGUAUGAAGUAUGGUCUUUUACUCCAGAACAGUUAUCUCAGGCCAAAGCAAGGUCUAAUGAAAAGGGUAGGGCGUUGGCAAAAGCACGGUUCUUAGAGGCGUUUCACACAGCUAAAAGCACGAAUCCUGAGGUUUUUGAAAAUCAUCCCCAGGAUCUAAAUGAAAGUAUCAUGAACCUAUUAACUACUGAAGAGGAGUCGACUUAUCUAGAUUUCUACAUUCAGAAUAUUACCACAACAUGUAAUUUUUUUAAAAUGCCAACCCAAGUGAAACUAACCGCAGCCUCCUUUUUCAAAAAGUUUUACCUUGUUAAUUCAGUAAUGGAGUACCAUCCUAAGAAUGUCUUAUAUACAUGCAUCUUCUUGGCUGCAAAAUCUGAAAAUUACUUUAUAUCCAUAGACUCAUUUGUGAAAGCAUUGAAGGGAGUACAGGCUGCUGACAUUUUGAAUCUAGAGUUUAUACUCUUGCAAAGCUUGAAAUUCACUUUACUUGUGCAUCAUCCAAUACGACCAUUGUAUGGAUUCUUUUUAGAUUUUCAAGCAGAGCUAUUGCAUCCAGCUCCAAUCAUGUACGAUGUAUCGGUGGACACAAUAGGGAACCUAUACAACUCUGCGAGAGAAUGGCUAAACAAGUAUUAUAUGUCCAGUAAUGUGGCGUUCUUGUUUGCCCCGCCUCACAUUGCUCUUGCAGCUAUCGCAGAUACAAAGAAGACGAUAGUGAAAGAAGAUCCAAAAGCAGCAAACGCAAACAGAGAUGCUAAGAAACAGCCAAGUGGUCGUGAACAAUAUGAGAGCUUAGUAAGAUCCAUUAGAAAAUGCAUAAAACUUGCAAAAGAUAUGCCAGCAGCAGAUCGGGAAAAGAGUAAAGAAAUUGAUAAGAAAUGCUUUUUUGCCUUGAAUCCUAGAAAAAUGAUUGACAAGCGGAUCAAAAAGCUCACUGCUGAAAAAAGUUGA